AUGACUCACCCGCCUUAUUGGCUUGCGAGCGAAUUCGUUGAUACUAUCAAGGAAGAUGAAUACAAAAGGCUAUGGACAGAAUUCAUACAAAUCCUGGCCCAGGAAGAACUUGAUACCAAACGGGAACCACAGUUAUCAAUGAUAAUGACAAGAGGAUGGGAGAUGGGUACCUUUUGGUAUUCACUUGCUCUCCAAAAUCCUCUUGCCAUUUUCCGCCUAUUUAUUGAUAGGAUUCAAACAAGACUCAUUAGGGAGGACAUAUAUGAACAAUAUGAACAGGAAUACGGUCUUAUUAUGGCAUCACAUUGGGCUUUUGAUAUCACCGAGACAAUGAACAAGAAGGUGGAAGACCGAAGAAAAUACGACAACAAACUCCGGCACACUUUCGGUGAACCAGAACUAUGCGAGUGA